AACGACGGCGGUGUUUUCGCAAGUAGGAUCGCUGGUGUGAAGGGCGACUUCUACGCAGAGAUGUAUGAGAAUAUAAUCUACAAACCUUCAUAUAGUGCCAUUCCGCUUUUGCUAAGACCUCGUAGCAGAGGGUACGUGAAAUUGCGUUCGAGUAACGUGGACGAGCAUCCGAUUAUCGUUCCCAAUUAUUUCCAGGAUCCACAUGACCUUAACGUUUUGAUAGAAGGUGCAAACUUCAUAUACAAUCUCAGCCAGACAUCAUCUUUGAAAAGCUUAAAUGCCAAAGCGAAUCCAAAUCGAAUCCCAGAAUGCUCGUCUUUCGAGUUUCCAUCGGACGAUUACUGGAAAUGCCACGCAAGAUUCUACACAAUGACGAUCUACCAUGCGUGUGGGACUUGCAAGAUGGGUCCAGCGACUGACAAGAUGGCCGUCGUGGAUCACAGACUUAAAGUACACGGAAUUAAGGGACUGCGAGUGGUUGACGCGUCGAUUAUACCGAAUAUUACCUCUGGAAACACGAAUGCGCCGGUUAUUAUGAUUGCCGAGAAAGCUGCAGACAUGAUCAAGGAGGACUGGAAAUAGUACAUAUAGAUAUUAUAGAUUGAGCUUGACCGUAUCGAAUUGUCGAAAUGGAAAAUCUUGAUGCUAAAGAAAAUCUUGAUGACGCUAAAGAAAUUGUGAUUUCUCGAAGAAAUUUUCUAUACUGUUUUCAAUUACACAUGGUCAAAGCUCAAAUGAUAAAGUGAUAUCUUGCUUCAAUAUUUAAAAAGCCGUUCUAUUAUUUGAUUUUAAUAAAUUGCAUUCUAAUAAAUAAUCUCAUAAUAUGGGUGAAGGUAAUAAAUUAUUAUAAUAUUUCAAGAAAAUAUUUUGGUUAUAGCAGUUUGUUAAUUGCAAAUUACUGCAUCUUUAUUAAAUAAUGAAGAAAUCGAUAUAUUAUUCUAUUAUAUCAAGAAAACAAUCUGAUUAAUGAUAAACUUAUUGUUUGCAAGCUAUCCCACAGUUUAAGACGUAAUAUUUUGUUUCAAUUAGUAAAAUUUGUUCCUGACAUAAUAAAGGAUUGAAAAUAAACUAAACUGUCAUGUAAAGAUGACUACAUUCGUUUACGUUGACCUGUCCGUAUUUGGAAGUGAUUUUCAUGUCACAGAAUUCAUUUUUAUAACGAAUUCUUCUACGAUAAUGCCUAGGACAAUUUGAACCAAUUUCAAUUACACAAUUGGUGGCGAUCGAGGUUCAAAGGGAAUUUAUUUAGUUUAUAACACGGUAAAUUUUGAAAAGGAAGAGAAAUCGAAAAUGUAUUCUGAUUUACAAUUAAUAAGUUAAUGCAAGUUGACAAAGAAUAAUA